AUGAAGCAUCAACAAGUGGUUCCCGACUAUGCGGCGAUGGUAAAAACAUCCGGCACGUGUUUAUGUUUGGUCUUUUCCGGCUGGGUGCUGUUCAAGCUAGUGCAAGCUAUAUUCUGGCUACCGGGAUAUCUGGAGAAAAACCAGGAACAAUUGUAUAGACGGGUGGAGCAACGGUCCAGCAUUGCAUCCGAUGAUAAGGUGAAGCAGGUGGUGGACAAUCAAAGCCUGCAAGUUUGUGAGCUUACCGGAGCCAAACAGCUGGACCAAGGUGGAGAAAAAGAUACGAUAAUGGAGGAGAAGGGUGAAAACGAUGCGGUAGAGUGUGAGGCAGAUAACAAGAAGGACAAAUAA